UGCUGGCAGGGAUUGGGGGCAGGAGGAGAAGGGGAUGACAGAGGAUGAGAUGGCUGGAUGGCAUCACCGACUCAAUGGACAUGAGUUUGGGUGAACUCCGGGAGUUGGUGAUGGACAGGGGAGGAGACACACAUCCAGAGAGAAAGGGUAUGGGCAUCCUCUGUAAUGAGGAGGAGUAUAAUAAAGAGGGAAUGUAAAUCACUUAUAUAAGACAGUCUUUCCAGGUCUUUGUUUCCCUUUGGCUAAUUAUCUUGUUUCUUUCUUCACAUCUGACUGCUCCUUGGACACUCUGCAAGAUAUAUGCGCAACCUUUUUCCAAGAUGGAUCUCACCACAGAGGCCUGAACGCAAGGAGCCUGAUGUCUACCAGGAGAAUUUUGAGCCCACAUCCUACCUGGAAUAUUACAGGAUGAACCAGGAUCCCGUGGGUGAUGAAGUCCUCCAUUUCCUGCUAAAACACUACAACGCCACCUUUAAACCAGGUGGGCUGGAAGGGAAACUCCUGAUUGACAUCGGCUCUGGGCCCACCAUCUACCAGUUCCUCUCUGCCUGUGAGUCUUUCCAAGAGAUCAUUGCCACUGACUACACAGACAAGAACCUCCAGGAGCUGGAGAAGUGGCUGAAGAAGAUGCCAGGGGCGUUUGACUGGUCUCCAGUGGUGAAAUACGUGUGUGAGCUUGAGGGGAACAAAGACAAGUGGGCCGAGAAGGAGGAGCGCGUAAGGAGAGCCGUCACCCGGGUGCUCAAGUGUGACGUCCUGAAAGAACGGCCCCUGGAGCCCGCGGUUCUGCCCCCCGCCAACGGCCUCAUCUCCCCCCUGUGUCUCGAGGCUGCCUGCCCCACCCCGCAGGCCUGCCGGGAUGCCCUGCGCCAUCUCAAGACCCUGCUCCGGCCCGGGGGCCAUCUGGUGCUGAGCGGGAGCUUCGAGACCACCUUCUUCAUGGUGGGGGACAAGAGGUUCCCCGCUCUGCCCCUGAAUGAGAAAUUCCUGCGGGAGGCCCUGCAGGAGACCGGCUUCAUCAUCGAGAAGCUGGAGAAGGUCGCUCGGGCCGCUGAGACCCACUUGGAUAACCGCACUGACUACACAGGGCUGUUCUUCCUGGUGGCCCAGAGAGGGGACUAGAGGCAGCAGCUUGGAGGAGCGGGUGGGGGGCGGGGCCGGGCUUGGGGCCAUCCCUCUGCUACCUCGAUUGUAUUUCUCUCCAUUUCACCAGCUUCACUUCUAACGCUUGCUGGCAGAUGAUUGCCGGGUCAAUCGGGAUGCUUCUUCCAGAAAGGUUUAUAAUGUAUUCCACUAAUGGCCCCGGGCUGGGAAAAAGAAUUGGGCCAGAGAAAGAAAGCUGCGUCUCCUUCCUUCUGGGCUCCUUCAGGGUUACAUGGCAUGAAGUGGGAAGGACCCUUCCCGCUCUCUGAUUUUAGGCAAUCCGGACUUCCCGCCUUCUGAGCUCAGUCUCCACCUCCCUCCCCAUGCCUGCUAAUCCUGCAGCCCUGCCCCUUGAAAUGGAAAGCACACGCAUGGAUUUUGAUCCUUGGCUCUCUGAUUCAACUUGCGCUCGUGACUUUAGGUGGGCACCUAAUAUCUCAGAACCUCAGUUUCCCCAUCUCUGAAAUGGAAAUCAUCACACCUCUCCCCAGGGUUUCUGUGACACCCAAAAGGUAUAACAUGAAUACCCUUGGUAAAUAA